UUACUGAAUCAUUUAUUUUCCAGAAUUGAAUUAAACUUAAACAAUGUUUUCACUUUUUGACGACCUCAAGAAGCAAAUCAGCUUCAAGCAUGAGCAUCCAACGGUAGAUUCCACGGUAUUCACGAGCAUGAAGCUGUCGAUGGUGGGCACGUUGCUGGCCUGCAUCCUAGUCACUGCCAAGACCUACAUCGGCGAGAACAUCAACUGCGUGACUGGCUUCAAAGCCCAGGAACAUAAAGCCAUCGAGACUUACUGCUUCAUCUCUUCCACGUUCUCUUUAGUCAAUGUGUCCGAGGCGGACGCCCCCUACCCCGGCCUGGGCCCCGUUCCCAGCUCCGGGGAAGAGGACCCCCUCAAGCGCCACGCCUACUACCAGUGGAUCCCCCUGGCGUUGGCCAUCCAGACCGCCGCCCUCUACUUCCCGCGCUGGCUCUGGAAAACCGUCAUCGACAGAAAAAAAUUCAAAAAUAUCCUUGGAGAUCUGGAUUCUCUUCACCUCAAGAAUGAAGGAGGCAACGAGGAGGAAAAAAGCUCAGCAGAAGCGAAGCCGAUGUCGUGGCAAAGUGACACGGAUGACAUCAAGGAAUACGGAAAACCUAAGAAAACGCUGCUUAAUUUACCUGAAGAGUUGUUAGAGAAGUCGGUGCAUUACGCCGUGGAGUCGCUGGGCACACACACGGCGUACGCGGCGCGGUUCUUCAUGUGCGAGGUCAUUGCACUCGUCAUCUCCAUAGGCAACCUGUUCGUGACGAACGCGUUGCUUGGUGGGGACUUCUUCGAGUUCGGCAACACUGCUAUCUCUUACCUCUUCGGGGACGUGACCGACCUCACUAACCCACUUAACGUGGUCUUCCCCAAGAUCACUAAAUGCACCUGGAGCAAAUUCGGCCCAACUGGCAGCAUUCAGAGCUUCGACGCGCUGUGCGUGUUGCCCCUGAACAUCGUCAACGAGAAGACGUACGUGAUGCUCUGGCUCGUCUACAUCGUCUCCACGACCAUCGCCGCCGCCGCUGUCCUCUGGCAUUUCUUGCUCAUCUUGUCGAGUGGCUUGCGCCACAACUACUUGGUCCUGCGCCUGAAAGACGACGAAACGAAGGAGGUCUACAGUUCGAUGAAGAAAAAGCUGAAUUAUGGCGACUGGUUCCUUAUUAAGCAUCUUAGUACAAAGAUGAUGCCCACCUACUUCGAAGCCUGGCUUGAAAUGGUCGAUAGAGAGAUCAAAAAGUAAACAUAUGGAACAUAAUGCUAAACUGUUUCCGAUUAGCUAAUGAAUCGUAAUUUCUUAAUUUAUGAAUAUAGACAGAUAUAUUCCAACCUCGUGUAAGGUUAUACUUCUAUCAUUUAGUAAGAAUCACUCAAACUUCAAUUUAAAGAAAGUUUGUAACAUGAGUUAGUCGCCAUUCAACGGGUGUGAAUUUUUAUCUUUUAUAUCAAAACACAAUUCAGCAUAUCGAAUUGUUCAAUGUUGUUUAAAUGAUUCAUCAAACAUACGAGUGACAAGGAAACAAAAAAUUUUAUUACUUCCAACGUACGCUAUCAGUAACAAGUAAAUUUUUCGUACAUUUUAUAUAAUUAUUAGAUAUUUUUACGGCGUUCAGACCAAAGUUCACUAGUCGGAAAUUAAGCUGUCAUAUUUUUCAACGGUUACUUACACAUUUUAAUUAGAAAUUAUGCCCGUUAGUAUUCAAAAUAGGAUUAAAUAUACUAAAAGCAUUUUUUGAAAAGUUUUGUCCAUAAUUUUUAGAGAAAAAACCUAUAGGCUGCAGUAAUUACACAUAUUCAUGUAAAUAAUAUAGAUUAAAAUGCAAUGACUAAUGAACUUUCCUCGCAAGAUGUUUUGAACAAGUGCAAUAACGUCAACCAAAUUUAUAGACAAAUGGGAUAAUUAAUGCUGUAAGAAUUGCGUAGUUAUUUGUUACGCUAUGUAAGUUCAAAUGAUUGGUACUAAUUUUUGUUCCAAUAAAGUGACAAUAUAUAACUCACAAUUUUAGUUGAAGCUGCAAUUUUAGUUGAAGAGGGCAUGUAAAGUAAAACUUGAUCGCAGUUGGAUUCAAGGCAUUACACUUUGUAUUUUUAAUAAGUAUGUUCGAGUGUUCAAUAAGAGAGAUUUAAUUAAUAAAUAUCCUGGUCUCUCA